AUGACACCCCGACGCAAACUCUUGGCAGCCUGGCUAGCAGUCGGCAUGGUACCGUUUGUUUUGCAGGUUCGCGGCUACUUUAACUUCGCAAUCCCCCACCAAAUCACCACAAAGCUGCUCGUACCGCCAGGGGCGGAGCCAAAGACCGAUAAUUUACUCGAGUUGUGCCCGUUGAAAGGUAUCCACGUCGGCCAAGUGUGGUGGAACGUGGAAAUGACGCACUAUUACGCCUUGGACCAAGGCAAUGUUUGUCACUUCGUGAUUCCUCAAUACAAUAGCCACGGCAACGUUUUAAUGGGCAGCACUAAGGUGGAAGCGUACCGCACAGCGCCCUCCAGCUGCGAUAAUGAGAGUUACCCGGUCGAAAUUUUCAUUUACCACGGCAGCGUCGGGUACUUCUCCUUCCUGGACCAGCUAGUCAGUACCUAUUGCACCCUGGACAACACGGCCUACUCGCAUGUUUUGAGCCUGGGUACUUUCGAUAUCAACGGAGCAUCCUUAGCUCGUGAACUUGGCGGCGAAGGAUACAGGUGGUCGUAUUGGUACUGCAUCGGUGGAGCGAUGUGGAUUAUUUAUCGAGGGCUCGUGCUACGUAGAUGUUUCGUCAUAUGCCAGCUCUAUGGCGCCAAAUGCGAUCAAAUGGGUGUGAAUCUGCUACGGAAGCAAGCUAUGAUCUUUGUCCACGAGAAUUUGAGAUUAUCAGCUCACGAAGCGACGAAUUAUCAUCGAGUAUUAUUGCUGUAUUUUUUCCUUGAAGGUCUAAUGAGCGACUUGUUUCUGGUUGCAGCCACGGACAGCUCGUUCAUUUGGCUCCAGUACGUGUCGCUCGGAUACAAUUUGUCUGGGAUCCUCUUGCUUCUGUUCGAGAUGGUGGAGAGUAUGGGCUGGCUACGCGAAGAUUACCGACUUUUUGUGAAGCGUUUAAUUUUUAGCUACGAACCUUCGCUGCUUGGGGAACUCGUGAGUGCAAUCUGGCAGUCAAAUAUUCUCACCUCGUUAAACAAGUCGGAUCUGAACCAGACCAAGGUUCUUGCUGUUGCUGCAUCCUAUUACUUGUGGGGUUUGGUGGGGCACGGAGCCAUUGCGUUGGUGCUCAUCAGCUUCAUUGUCUCCGUCCGAAUACUGCGCGCGGUCACGUACGUACGCUGGAAACAUGGGCGGGUUUACGACAUCUUUUGGGCGCCUUGCUGCGUGGACACGACGUACGGAGUACGCAACAAGAUGACGAAGCUGGGAGCGCUGGCUGGUUACCACUGGCGAAACGGAAAGCUCUACUACAAGCCAGAUGCCUUGAAAUCGUUCGGUCUUCUCCGAAUGGAGGAGGAGGACGGCAAGGAAUCCCUCGUUCUGAACAAGCACCAUUGGUUUGAAGUACGGACGGACGAUUUAGUGGUGAUUGGCUCUGUAGCCGAAGAACGUGUGGAGCCUUGUAGUGAACGUCCUUGCACGGGUGUGAUCAGCUUUUUCGAUCGUAACUUAGGUGGACCUCUGGGUAAUUAUGAAGGAUCCCGCUCCAUUACUUGUGUGAGAAGCAAAGUUCUCCCUUCUCCUUCGUCACUCAGUAUCAUUCAGACUUGA